CAUGUAGUGGUAUAUAUACAUAGUAUACUGUAUGUAUAUUAUCUACCUAUAUAGAAUAUAUUAACCUGGUGUACAAUGCACUAUUCUCUUUACACAAAUGCUAGUGCAUUUCAAACGGAUUUAAUCAACUCGCUGUGAAUAAAAGACCGUGUGUUCUGGUCAUAACUACUUCUAACGAUAUCAAUAUUCCAAUAAAAUUAUGAUCGACUAUUGUAUGGGAACGUUUUCUAUUAACCCUGUGUUGGAGAGAUAACAUUGCCAAGACUGUUUUUUUGUUAUAACUUUUCAUUAGUUUGAGUGAAUUCGUGUUGGAUUAAUUAUUACAGAGCUUAUCUGUUCGUAAUAAAUCACGCGAUUUCAGCAGGUAAUCAAUCAAUGAUGAAGUUCACCAGUGAGGGUCGGUAUUCUUCCCAUCAAACUAGUGGUUGGUCAACCAGAAAUCAAAAGAAACCCAAUUUGAUGGUAAACAAUUUUGUGAAAGAAACGCCCAACGACAGGAUAAGAUCUAAAUCAGUCCUCUUCUCGCGAUCAGCGGUUGAAGAGAAUAAUGCGAUUUACUCAUCAAAAUUAAAACCGACUAAAGACCGAGAUAGCGAAAGUGAAGUUUGUGGUUCCCCUAGAUCAGAUUCAAGCAGAAGUUCUAAAUACAGCAGCAGAAAAUCCACCCUUGGUUCCAAGGAUGAUAUUGACAAUGCCAAAACUGCACAUGGACGACAGUCUAGAUCUGUGAGCGUAUCUUCAGAUACCACCAUGGAGGAAGCUCCUGUGCCGCGUUCUGCGUGGAAAAUAUUUGAGGAUAACAUUAAAAACAUUGAUGAUUCCGUGGACUACUUUGGUCAGACGCCAAAACCAUCUUUCAAAGCAAGUGACGAAUUCCAAAAGGUCAUGGUGGAUUUGUAUGGGAAUCCCGAAUAUGGGCAAAAGAUCGGAUACAGUCAGUUGAAAGGUAAGGUGGGAAACAUAUCAGCCAUGGCAUCAAGAAUGGUUGCUAGGAAACGUGCAAAGAAGGAUUUCCUCGAAGAUGAAGUGGAUAUGUACGUCAGGCCAGAGCCCAGUAAAACUACAAUAGAGAAUGCCAGAAGAGGUUGGGGAAUACUGCGAAGACACGUGCAAGAAAAGGUGGCCGCAAACAGAAACAAAGCUUCUAAUUUACAAUGGACAAUGCUAGGUCAAACAUUACGCGGAAUGUCCAAUGCGGAGCGUACGAGAAUGGACUUGUAUCAAAGGUAUGGUAUUUUACCACAACUUAAUAACGAUGGAAAAUACGUGAGGGAGAAUUCAAUGCUCAGUCAAAAAGCUCGCUCUUUAGCCAGGAACACUGAAGCCGAGGAGGAGAUAGAACUGAAGCCGAAACCCAAACGUUAUGUGCGCGCUCGGAGUAGUGUUUUACCGAGAAGUUCCACGAUAUCAUAUACAAACUUAAACAAACAAAGACCCUUAUAUUCUAGACAAAGGGCCGUUUCAGUAGGUCCUAAACAAACAUAGAGAGGUUUUUAUUCAAGUGUAAAAUACGAAAGUUAUAUUAAGUUGUACAAAGGAUAUCUGUGAUAAAAAAAAACAAAGACCAACGGUACAUGUUAUAUCUUCGUUUGAUCUAUAUCUCUGAUUUUCCUGUGAUGUCAUGUGCUUAUAUUUACCUAUUGAUCUAUAAAAGGUAUAUAAUAACUAACAAGGUGUAGAAUGACAGAUAUAUAGCAAAACUCAUCAGCCCAUUUCAAUAAUUUAAUACAAAUAUAUGCCACUUUUGUUGGUCUAAAGUCAACAAUUUCGAAAUUUCGGGUUGGCUUCAAAGAGUGGCUUUAAUAAGAUUAUAAACAGAACAAUUUGAGGCACCCGAGCAGAUAUUCGUUUUCCAUUUAAAAUGUGUAAUAGCUGAAAGAGCUGUGGUUUAUAAAGAAGUAACCCAUUAUGUAACCGCUAUCCGAUUGUUGGUUGAAAAAAUAAAUUAUCAUUAUAAUACGUUAAAUAUAAUAA